AUGGGACGAGCCGACACGUUCUUACGAAUAGCUGGCAGACGGCUAAGUUUCGGAUACCAUUCGGGGACGAGUACGAGCGUCCCCUCCACCAGACCAGCAUCACAACUCUUCACAGCUCCUUGGACGCCACGUGUCGCGAUGGGAUUGGAGGCCUCUCACGCGUCACCACAAGCACCGUUCCAUGGCGGUUCAAGCAGCCACGGCAUCUGCCGCAACGACAGCGGCAGCAGCCGCAACCGCCGCUUUAGCAGGUCCAAUCGGAGUCAGCCACCUGUGCGCCGCGGCACCAGCGGCAAUGGCAAGGGUGAGAGUGAGAGCAGGGUUCCAGAAGCGGUGAGGUCAGACCCGCUGCAGUGGCUGCCGCGGUAUGUGAAGGUGGUGGAGGUGGGGCCGCGAGACGGGCUGCAGAACGAGAAGCAGCAGGUGGCGGUGGGCGUGAAGGUGGAACUCAUUCAUCGCCUCAUGGCCGCCGGGCUGCCUGUUGUGGAGGCUACCAGCUUCGUGUCCCCCAAGUGGGUCCCACAGCUUUCUGACGCACCGGAGGUGAUGCAGCAAGUGCAGAGCAACGGCCGCACCAAGCUACCGGUUCUAACCCCCAACUUGAGAGGCCUUGAGAACGCUGUAGCAGCCGGGGCCAAGGAGGUGGCCGUGUUUGCUGCUGCUUCCGAGGCGUUUUCCAAGAAGAAUAUCAAUUGCUCGAUGGAGGAGAGUUUGGAGAGGUACAGAGCGGUUUGCGAUGCUGCGAAGGAGAUGGGCAUUCUUGUGAGAGGCUAUGUGUCGUGUGCGGUGGGCUGCCCCUACGAAGGACACAUAGAGCCGGCAGCAGUGGCGAGGGUGGCCAAGGCUCUGCACGACAUGGGGUGCUACGAGGUGUCUCUCGGUGAUACCAUUGGCGUUGGCACUCCCGGCUCCGUGGCGCCCAUGCUGGACGCCGUGUGUGCAAGUGUGCCGCCCGCCUGCCUCGCUGUCCACUUCCAUGACACCUACGGGCAGGCCCUUGCCAACAUCCUCGUGGCGCUGCAGAUGGGCGUCUCAGUGGUCGACUCCUCGAUAGCAGGGCUAGGCGGCUGUCCCUACGCCAAGGGGGCGUCAGGCAACGUGGCGACAGAGGACGUGGUGUAUCUGCUGCACGGGCUGGGCAUUCACACCGGCAUAGACUUUGACAAGCUGCUCGAUGCAUCCGCGUUUAUCAGCCAGGCGUUGGGGCGAGAGCCCUGCUCGCGCACUGCUGUGGCCUUGGCACGCACAAGGCAGACAAUGGGAGAGACUCCUGAACUGUGA